AUGACUGAUGAUGAACUUAUGGAUUCAUACUCAGUCACACCAGUUUGCCUGCGAGUUGCACUUGCACUAGGAAAUACGAUUGGUGUGAUACCUUGUGAAUUGGAUGAUCCACGUGUACAAGCUGAACAGGCUCGAGAAGAAGCUGCCGGUUUCCCUAAAUGUCAAUGUUCCAAUUGUGACUCGAUUUCGGCGGAUAUGCUUGUGUAUAAUUUACCUAGAUUGACCAAAUCAAACUAUGAGGAUGCCAUGCGUGAUGUUUUUAGUGUAGAAGGCUUUUGGAAACGUCCAGAGGGAGAAAGUGAGGAUAUUGAUACUCAAGAAGAUCAAGUGACUACUCGCAAGAAGGCUUCAAAGAAGCACAGCGGGCCUUUGGACUCCGCCCUGGAAGCACUCGCCCAGGAUUUAGUAUCUGUUUUUGAUUCACAUUGCACAGAGGUAUAUGGAGAGCACGGGUACUUUGAAAGCACAGACUACUUCGAUCUUGAUCAAACAAGGAAGAUGCUCCGGUCAAUUGAUGAAAUUCAAUCUCCAGAAGACAUUAAAUUGGCUAUGGGAGGUGAUAUUGUCAAAGGAGGAGUGAACAUUGUCUUCAAUUAUAUUGAUGAGUGGAAAAAGCGAGACGCUGGUCUCGAUUAUUCACGAAAUCAAGCGAGGAUAUUAGAGAGAAAAAAAGCAGCAGAAGAAAAGCGAAUGUGUCAAGAGUCAAUCUCGCUCAAUAGGCAUGCCAGUAAUAGCACAGCGAUUACAACAUCAACAACUAUGAAAGCAACCGUAGCGAUUAACACAUCAACAACUAUGAACGCAACGGAUAGGCCAAUUAACAAGAAAAUUCGAAGAUCAUCAGCACAGGUGAAAGCUGAUCGGGAGGCUGCUAGACUCAAAAAAGAAUACAAUGCAAGGUGUCUGAAUUGGUUACGAGUCGAAAAAGUGUUACCAAGUGAACUCGACGCAAAAGAACAGGCUUACCAGGAGUCAGUUUCACUCUUCGCUUAUCCAUCUAACAAAAUCCUCGUCAAGAUGCUCAAACUCAUCACGUUGUUCGGGUUCUCCAUUGUCCUGAUCUUCACUUUCAUUUGGUGUGUAGUUCGAUGA